CACCCCCUUCGACCCAUAGGACCUCCUUAUUACCUGGCCACUCCACUCCGCUCCGCGAGAGUCCAGCUCCGGGGUUUCCAACAGAGAGGCGCAGGAGCUGAGGGCUCCCUCACCACGGAGCUCCGCAACAAGUGCUCGGAGGGGAAACAGAACUGCGAACAUCUGAAACCGGACAAACACGGCAGGCAGGCAGAACGGGUGGAUGAGCGCUCAGAGAUGCAAGCCGCGCUGUUAAUGCUCCUCUGCGGCCUGACUGCCACAGUUGGCCAGGAACCAGACCAAGCCCACGGCUGUGCCCAAGGCAGCUGCUAUCCAGCAACUGGAGACUUGUUGGUUGGAAGGAAAAAAAACCUGAAGGCCUCGUCCACUUGUGGCAUGAGAAAGAAGGAGCGGUAUUGCAUCGUCAGUCACCUGCAGGAUGAGAAGAAAUGUUUUGAGUGUGACUCCAGACGACCAUACGACCCAGUCUACAACACCAUUAAUCACCGGAUAGAGAAUGUUAUCACCACCUUCAAACCACAUCGGAAAAAGUCCUGGUGGCAGUCAGAGAACGGAAAGUCAGAUGUUUUUAUUGAGUUGGAUCUUGAGGCAGAGUUUCAUUUUACUCAUCUGAUUAUGACAUUUAAGACUUUCCGCCCUGCUGCCAUGCUUAUUGAGCGAUCAGCAGAUUUUGGCCGAACCUGGCAGAUCUAUCGCUACUUUGCUCAUGACUGUGCUGUUUUUUUCCCUGGAGUCUCCACGGGUCCUUUGCAAAACAUCAACGAUGUGAUCUGUGAAUCCCGUUACUCUGACCUGGAGCCAUCGACAGAGGGCGAGGUCAUCUACAGAGUCUUGGAUCCAGCUAUCAAGAUUGAGGACCCAUACAGCCCCAACAUUCAGAACCAACUGAAGAUCACUAACUUAAGACUGAACUUCACCAAGCUUCACACACUUGGAGACACCCUGGUGGACAACAGAGCUGAAAUCAAAGAGAAAUACUACUACGCCAUAUAUGAACUUGUUGUACGUGGAAACUGCUUUUGCUAUGGCCACGCCUCUGAGUGUGCACCCAUUGAAGGCAUCAGGGACGACAUAGAAGGAAUGGUUCAUGGCAGAUGUGUGUGUAACCAUAACACAAAAGGUUUGAACUGUGAGCAAUGUGGUGACUUCUACAAUGACCAGCCUUGGAGACCAGCUGAAGGCAGCAACACACACGCUUGCAAGAAGUGUGAUUGCAGCGACCAUUCAGAUAAGUGUCACUUUGACAUGGCGGUCUAUUUGGCCACGGGAAACACGAGUGGAGGUGUGUGUGAUGACUGCCAGCACAACACAAUGGGCCGAAAUUGUGAGAUCUGCAAACCGUUCUUCUACAAAGAUCCCACAAGGCACAUAAGAGACCCCCGUGUUUGCAUAGCUUGUGAUUGUGACCCAGAUGGCUCAGAGAAUGGAGGAUUGUGUGACAGCCAUACCGACCCGUCGCUUGGCAUGGUGGGAGGCCAGUGCCGUUGCAAGCCUAACGUAGAAGGGCCACGCUGCGACAAGUGCAAGACCAGUUUCUUUGGCCUGAGUGCCAACAACCCUGUGGGGUGCCAACCUUGUCGAUGCGACUCCAGAGGAACCGUGUUGGGCAGCUCCAUGUGUGACCCAUUCAGUGGAGACUGCAUCUGCAAGCGACUUGUCAUUGGACGCUUCUGUGACCAGUGUCUAUCCGAACACUGGGGGCUGAGCCACGACCUGAACGGAUGCAGAGGUUGCGAGUGUGAUAUUGGAGGGGCGCUCGACAACCAAUGCUCCAUGGAUAGCGGUCAGUGUCGCUGCCGCAGUCACAUAACGGGACGCGAUUGCACACAGGUGGAGUCUGGAUAUUUUUUUAUGGCUCUGGAUCACUUCAUUUAUGAGGCUGAAUUUGCUCAAAUGGGGCAGGGUUGCACCGUAGAGACCAGGGAACAUCAGCCCGGUCGCCCCGCUCAGUGGACAGAUAUCGGCUUCGCUCAGGUCCCUCAAGGCGGCGCUUUGGAGUUUCUGAUAAAUAACAUACCUUUCUCUAUGGAAUAUGAUUUAGUCAUCCGCUACGAAUCCCAGAUGCCCCGGGACUGGGAGGAGGUGCAGAUAACCGUGAUCCGUCCAGGUUCCAUUCCCACCAGCAGCCCUUGUGGGAACACCAUCCCAGAUGACGACAGACUCACCGUCCCUCUGCCAGCUGGAGCCAGGUUUGUGGUUCUUCCUCAGCCAGUGUGUUUGGAGAGAGGUGUGACAUACUCCCUCCGCUUGGAGUUCACACGUUACCAAGAUGCUAACAGUAUCCUCAACGGAGCAGACUACGCUGUCAUCCUCAUAGACUCUAUUGUGCUGAUGCCACGUCACUCCUCCAUGGAGAUGUUCAACACUGGGGAUCUUGCCUCAAACGUCAGGAAGCAGACCUUUGAGCGGUACCGGUGCCACGAGGGAGCAAGGAGUGUGAUCCGCCCACAGAUCAGCGAUACCUGUGCUAAACUCAUCAGCAGCGUGUCAGCCGUUAUUAAUGAUGGAGCCCUGGCUUGCAACUGUGACCCUCAGGGGUCCAUCAGCUCCCUUUGUGAUCCCCGUGGGGGCCAGUGUCGCUGCAGGUCCAACAUCAUUGGUCGGCGCUGUGACAAGUGUGCACCGGGAACCUACGGCUUCGGACCCUCAGGCUGCAUACCAUGCGAGUGCAGCUUAGAGGGGUCGGUGACUCGACUCUGUGACAAAUACACCGGGCAGUGCCAGUGCCGUCCCGGGGCGUUUGGUCAGAGAUGCGAUGGGUGUCAGGCAGGCCAUUGGGGCUUUCCCAGCUGCCGACCCUGCCACUGUAAUGGACAUGCCAACCACUGUGACCAGAGAAGCGGAGUCUGCAUCAACUGCAGGGAUAACACCGGAGGGGACAAUUGUGACAGGUGUGCCAAUGGUUAUUAUGGGAACCCAGUUUUGGGGGUAUCAUCUGGUGGUCAGUGUCGCCCGUGCCCAUGUCCAGAUGGACCCCACAGUGGACGCCACUUUGCCACGUCUUGUUACCAGGACAACCGUAAUCGACAAAUUGUCUGCAACUGUAACCAAGGUUACACAGGGAUUGUUAAACGCUCCGGGGCGACCGUUUUUAAGCGCGCCCGGUGUGAAGAAUGCGCCCCAGGUUACUACGGCAACCCCUCUCAGCCGGGAGGGCGCUGCCAGCCAUGCCAGUGCAACAAUAACAUAGACAUGUCAGACAUGGACGCCUGCGACAGGCGGACGGGGGAGUGCAGGAAGUGCCUUUACAACACAGAGGGCCCCAACUGUGGCAUCUGCAGGAGUGGAUACUUUGGAGAUGCGUCCCGACGCAACUGCAGGAAGUGCAUAUGCAACUUUUUGGGCACGGAGCGGAGCCAGUGCAUGGAGCGUGAAGACUGUGUGUGCCAGCGUGCCACGGGCCAGUGUCAGUGUCUGGCAAAUGUCGUAGGUCUGUCGUGCGACCACUGCGCCCCCAACCACUGGAACCUGGCCAGUGGGAAUGGCUGUGAAGCAUGCAACUGUGAUCCCAACAACUCGGUCACAUCCUCCUGCAAUGAAUUUACAGGGCAGUGUCAAUGCCGAGAAGGGUUUGGAGGAAAGACCUGCACAGAAUGUGAGGAGAACUUCUGGGGAGACCCCCGGACGCUGUGCAGAGCGUGCGACUGUGAUUGGCGUGGGAUUGAGACGUCUCAGUGCAACCGCGCGACCGGCCACUGCGUCUGCCGGCAGGGAGUGUCGGGCGUUCGUUGCGACCAGUGUGCCAGAGGUUUUACCGGCCAGUUUCCGAACUGCCAGCCCUGUCACCAGUGUUUCGGGGACUGGGAUCGGAUAGUGCAGGACCUGGCAGUACGCACCAAGACUCUUGCGGAGCGAGCCAAUGAGAUUCAAAGCACUGGGCUUAUUGGACCUUAUGAGAAAACCUUCAAAGACCUGGAGGCGAAGCUGGCUCAAGCUCAGGCCAUCGUCAACGCAAGAAAUGCCACGACUGCAGCUGUGGCUACUCUGAUGGCUCUUAUUGAGGAUCUCAGAGCACAAAUUGGUGAGACAACCGAAGUCCUAAACCACGUGGAGGGAGAUUUAACAAUCAUCCAGGACCGAAACUCUGAUGCAAGCAAGGAGCUGAAUACUCUGGAGCGGGAGGCUCGAGAACUGAACCUCACAUCUGAGCAGCUAAAACAUCAACUGGAUAUCCUGAAAAACUCAAACUUCUUAGGAGCGUAUGACAGCAUCCGCAGCUCCUACAACACGUCUCGAGAUGCUGAGCGACGGGCCAACCUGUCAACCACCACCAAGCCUAGCACGGUCAGUCAGUCGGCAGACACUCGCCGCCGCACCGAGCGCCUCAUUGCUGCAAAGAAGGACGACUUCAACCGGAAGAACUCGGCAAACAAGCGGGCGCUGGGGGAGCUGAAGGCCCGAGCCCAGGGUCUGGACAUAAAAACGCUCAACCAGAAGAUUUGUGGUUCUCUAGAUGAUGUUCCCUGCACGGAGAAUCCCUGUGGAGGAGCUGGCUGCCGUGACGACGAAGGAAACCGUCACUGCGGAGGCCUGAACUGCAACGGAGCCGUGGCUGCAGCUGACAAUGCUUUGGAGCGAGGCAAACAUGCAGAGAAGGAGCUGAACAAAGCCAUGGGGGAGAUGCAGGAACUCUUCACCAAGGUAAAGGAAGCAAAGGCCAAGGCAGAGGAGGCUAAGGGUAAAGCCCAGGCUGUUCUGGAUAAAGCCAAGGCCACAAAGAACAAAGUGGAGCACUCCAACAACAACCUCAGAGACCUGAUCAAACAGAUCAGGGACUUCCUCACUCAGGAGGGAGCCGAUCCAGACAGCAUCGAGGCGGUGGCGAACCACGUGCUGCAGCUCUCCAUCCCCGCUUCACCGCUACAGAUCAGACAACUUGCCGACGAGAUCAAGGACCGCGUCCGCAGCCUGUCCAACGUGGACGCCAUACUGAAGCAGACGCAGGAUGACGUUGAAAAGGCAGAGAAACUGCUGCUGGACGCCAAGAGGGCAAGACAUCGUGCUGAGGGGUUGAAAAGCACAGCGGAGACGGUGAAGCAGGCCUUGGUGGAUGCUAAGACAGCCCAGACUUCAGCUGAGAAAGCCAUAGAGAGUGCCAGGGCAGACAUUAGAGACACUGAGGAUCGACUGGCUGAGAUUGAGACAGAAACCUCCAACAGUGAGAAGAACCUGGAUGAUGCAAUGGGUCGCCUCGGCACACUUGAACAGGAGAUCAAUGAGCUGAAGACCAAGCGAGCUAACAACAGCAUGGCAGCAGCCCGAGCUGAAGAGACGGCCACCAUGGCCCGGGACAAGGCAAACGAAGCCAAGCAGAUUCUAGACGGCCAGCUGACAGACAAAUUCAACGAGGUGCAACAACGAGUGGACACUAAGGCCAAGACCGUGCGGGACGCCAAGAAGAAGGCAGAGAGUCUCCGAGAGGAAGCCAAGGAGCUCCUCAACGAUGCUCAGAACAAGCUACAGAAACUAGCAGAACUGGAGAAAAACUAUGAGGAGAACCAGAGGAAGCUGGAGGGGAAAGUCCGACAGCUGGACGGCUUGGAGGACAAGAUGAGGAGCAUCCUCAACGACAUAAACAAACAGAUCCAGAUCUACAACACGUGCCAGUAAACGAGCCCCUCCAAAACCGCAAGGAAAGAUGUCCACUACUGUUAAUUUACGUUAGAUAUAUAGAGACAUGGUGCUAGGCUUUCAAGGGAAAAUAAAACACUCUGCAAGCCAGUAUCCAUUUGGUGAACCCAGUUAGUGUUUUCCAUUCAAAUGGAAAUUGCUAAUUCAUAUAUUAAAAAAAACAUGAUAACGGCCAAGUAUGUUAGUUUGUCAAUGAGUACAUAUUUUACUCGCAUUUAGCUUGUGGUUAUUACUGUUGCUUUGAAUUUGGAACACUACUUUGAAUGUUUGCAUUUGAAGUUUUCAAAACCAACAUGUAUUAUUCCACAGUUCACUGUAGAACUAAGAGUGCCAUUUUUGAAACAUCAUAACAACAAUUUGGCUGCAAACGGCUAUGAUGCUCUGGACCUGCUUCUGCUCCAUAGGUGCAUUACACCAUGAAACCCAUUGAAAUGGCUAAAAGAUCUUAAAUAAAAUUCAGCUCAACUCCUCCAAUACACUGAAAACAGUUUGACAUCGGGACUUCCAGAAGGACGUUGAUCUACGAUAUUUGGCCAAACCAACACAGAAGUGGAGCACCAGAUCCAAAAUCCAUUUUCCAUAAACGUCCAAGGCCACAAUCCUCCAGAAACCAUGUGGGCUAUUUAAGAGAGAAUGGGUACCCAUAAUCGUGCUACUUUUUUACUUAAGUAGUGAAAUACUGAUUUUAAUAGUGCCUUAUGCUGUCAGUAUUGUGGACAUAUAUAUAUUGGCAUUGUGCAUGUGAGCUUGAGUUUUGCAAAAUAUGACUAGUGCAAAUUUUUUUUUUUUUUUUUUUUUUUUUUUUACAUAUUUCAGUAACAAUGACUGGUCAUUGGCAUUGGAAACACCAAAGGUACCUUGUUAAGUUUUACAGUUCUUUGAAUAAAGAUGAAUAUGAAGUCAUUUCA